CAAUGAAAAUGUAAAUCUGGAUUUAUAAGAGUGGCAAUGAGUUUCUUGCUACUUCUUGUCAUUCGCUCAACCCUUUACGAAGUGGCGUUAGAUUCUAUAAGAAAAAAAUUUUUUUUGACAUUCAUAAGUAUCAUUUCCUUGACCUAUAUGAAAAAAUACAUUUUAACAUUAAUGAUUAAAGACAAUCUAAGUCAUUAUGACAGCCUUACAUUUAUACAAAGCUUAAAACAAGUAUUUUAUGCAAAUCUAUGGAAAAAAUUGAGGCCUUUGUUUCACAUUCAAGCUUGUGAAGAAUAUUAGGUUGGCAUGUGACGAACAAAGGAAGUGAUUAUUUAUUGUAAUUGGUAGUAUUUAAAUGCAUAAUAAACCUAGCUUAACAUUAUAAAUAUUAAGUAUUUAAUUUGCCUUAACUAUAUAUAGAAUUGGCUACGGUAUAUAAUAUAUAUAUAUAUAUACCAGUGGGAGGUUCCCUUGCACAGUCGGCUAGAUUAUGGGUACCAUAACGGCGCCUAUUUCUGCCGUGAAGCAGUAAUGUGUAAACAGUACUGCACUCGGUUUGAAGGGCGCCGUAGCUAGUGAAAUUAUUGGGCAAAUGAGACUUAACAUCUUAUGUCUCAAGGUGACGCGCGCAAUUGUAGUGCCGCUCAGAAUUUUUGGGCUUUUCAAGAUUCCUGAGCGGCACUGCAUUGUUAUGGGUAGGGCGUAUCAAUUACCAUCAGCUGAACGUCCUGCUCGUCUCUUCCCUUAUUUUCAUAAAAAUAUAUAUAUGUAUUUGUUUUUAGUGGAAAAUUUUAUUGAAAGUCAAAAACUUCUACCCAUUCGGAAAUUAAUGCCUCAGGUCUGAGAAGAUCGAAAGCAAGAAACUCAGCGGGCUUCUUUUUUUUAAAUUAAAUUUUAAUAGAAGGAAAUUUAAAAACUUCAAUAGCCGCUCCAUUCCAAAUCUUUGUUAUCAAUAAGAAAGUCAUUUAUAUUAUAGUAACCUUUACCACAAAAAAAUUUAUGCAUAUCAUUCAAAGGUCAUAAAAAAAUUGUUAAUGAAACCUAGGUAUAUCGAUUUAUGGCACCCGAAAAACAAUGAAAAUCGUUGAAGCCGUUUCUGAGAUUCAAUUUACAAUGUGAAAUAUACAAGAAUUACUCGUUUAAACAUAGAUAUAAUUUACAAGUGUGGUCGCUUGGAUUGGACGUAUUUCAUUGACACUAGCGAUGCUGACGAGAUAAAUCAUAUUAUUAUCUUCAGCUUUUGAUUACUUUCUCAUGUUGUAACUUAGGGUACAGAUUGAACAGAUUCCUACGCAUCAAAUUAAACAUAAUUUUUGGUUCUCUGCAGUAAGUAUUUUAGAUGUAAUGACACUUACAAUUAUGUCUUAUAAAUUUGAUGAUGAACAUGAAGCGUUCUGUUACUACCUACACCUUUAUCUUUUUUUAUGAGAGGAGGCAAACGGCAAGAGGCUCACGGGAUGGGAGUGGUGAGGCAAUCGCCCAUGGACAACCGCAACACAAGGUGUCAGAUACGUUGCCGGCCUUUACACCCAGUAUACUCUUUUCUUGAAGACUUUUUCACAAAGCUCUGGAAUCAACUAGCAUCCCCAUAAACUUAGAAUUGAAGGAAUGGAAAGAUAUUCCUGGACCUCUAUCGCUUCCAAUAAUUGGACAACUUCUACAUUUCGUUCCUGGAGGUGACUUAUACAAGCACGAGUUACCUUUGCCAGAUAUACUUUACAAUAAGUACGGCCCAAUUGUAAGGUUGGGUGGUUUCUUUGGCAUGCCAAAAAUUGUAUUCUUUUAUGACGCAGACACUGUGGAAUAUAUCUUAAGAAGCGAAGAUCGCCUUCCUGAUCGUCCUGCGUUUUUGUCAAUCGAAUAUUUUAGAAAGCACUACAAGAAAAACAAAUACAGCUCGACAACGGAAAGAACAGGACUGGUGACGGACCAAGGUGAACUCUGGAGGAAAACAAGAUCAACUGUCAACCCAAUAAUGUUAAACCCCAAGACAAUUAAACUUUAUACUAAUACUUUACAUGAGGUGGUGGAGGAUCUAAUAGUAAGGUUAAAAGCAGUCCGAAAACAAGACAAUAUGUUUGAUGAUUUUAGAGUAGAAAUGAACUUGUGGACGCUUGAGUCCGUCUCAGCAGUUGUUCUAGGAAGACGACUCAAUUGCUUUAAUAGUGAUGCAUCGGAUGAUUCACCGAUGAAAAGGCUUGUUAAGGCUGUACAUAAAAUAUUUGACAUGUCAGAGGCAAUGGAUUUAAAACCAGCGCUCUGGAGAUUUAUAUCUACGCCAAUGUUCAAAAAGGCCAUGAAUGCGUACGAAGAACAUACAAACUUAAACAGGUACUUUAUCAAAAAGAGCAUUGAAGACCUGAAAAGACAACCAGCCAGAUCCAACGAACAGAAAGGAGUGUUAGAGAAACUUCUAGAAAUUGAUGAUGAAAUUGCAUUUACAAUGGGAAUUGAUUCUCUAUUUGCUGGCGUUGAUACGACAGCGAACGUUAUGAUCUCAGCACUUUAUUUUCUGGCUACGAAUCAAGAUAAACAAAACAAAUUAAGGGAAGAGUUGAAAGAUGAAAAGAACCUGUAUUUAAAGGCAUGCAUUAAAGAAAGUAUGAGACUUUUGCCAGCCGUUCCUUAUAAUUUAAGAAGAGCAUCAAAAGAUUAUCAUAUAAUGGGAUACAACAUACCAAAAGGCACGUUUAUGGUGGUAAACCAUCAAUUUCUGUGUCGUUCAGAAGAAAUAUACUUCAGAGCCAGAGAGUACAUACCCGAGAGAUGGAUAGUUGAUAAAAGUGAUCCACUCUAUCAUGGGAAUGCACAUAAAUUUGCAUACAGUCCUUUUGGAUACGGUACGAGGGGCUGCAUUGGAAAACGCAUUGCACAAAUGGAAAUGGAACUAUUUCUAACGAAAAUGGUUCAAACCUUUCACAUAGACUGGAAUGGACCUCCUCCGAGGGUUAAGACGAGUGUUGUUAAUCAUUUCCGUGAUAAAUUAAACUUUGUACUUACAGAUAUUGCUUGAAAAUAACUUGAAGUUGAAUAAAAUGAAAUUGCCGAUUUGUACUGAAAAA